GCUUUACAAAGACGAAGCUGCUUCACAGACUGGCAGUGACUGACUCGGUGGGAACUACACACGUAGCUGUCGAUUACAAUUAGUGAUGUCUUAUUUUUUUAAGGUUUGCUGACAUUUGCCUACGGAAACGAAAAUCAGGGUCUAAAGUUUGUCUAGAAGAGGCAGAACAAUAAUUUCGGAUUGCUGUCAUUUAAUAGAAGAAUUAUCAAGGAAUUGAGGCCCUCGCUGAAGCUGUGGAUUAGACCAACCCAAUGGAGGAUCUAAAACACAGGGGGAGGAAGAGAGAGGGAAGGCACAGGGACACAUGGGAUCCAUUCCAACUGAACCCUGUAGGAGCGGAAAAGGAGAAAAAAAGAAGAUGCUUCCAAUUCGCUCAGUACCUUGUGGCUGUCAUUGUUGGGCUUGCCGUCCUGGCCAGUGCUGUCGUUUCUAAGGGGUCUCUCUUAAUGUUGGCGGCACUAUCCAGUCCAAAGUCAUUCCGUGAACCCGGUGAGCGACAGUUCUACAUGCUGAUGCUGGUGUUCUGCCUGGUCUUCCCCAACUUCUUAGUAUUUUUGAAGUCACUCUGGCGCUGCCUCUUCAAGACAUUUGAAUCACCCAAUAUGAAGACCAUGGCCUUCAUUUGUCUCAUUGAGUGUGUGGUAUCUCUUGGUACCUCAGUAAUGGUCCUCGUAGUUAUGCCUCAGUUUGACGUCCUGACGAAUCUCUUCAUUAGUGGAGGAGUCUGCAUUAUCUCUGCUGUGCUACAGAUCGUGUUCAGAUUGCAAAGGGAAAGUUGGAAAAUUCUGUUCCCGAUCUGCUCCCUCCUUCUCACCACUUCUGGUUACUGCCUGCUGGCGAUGGAUUACUAUGUUCGUAUAAAAUCCUUUGUGGAUCGACAAAAAGAUGAUAGCUAUUUAUACGUGGGCAUAGGGAUUCUUUCUUCAAUCCUCAUCUCAUUCUGCUGGUGGGAAAACGCUGUCCAGGCUAAAAACCGCAUGCAGGAAACACUGAAGGAUUUGGAACGUUACAAGGACUUUGUCUUUGUCAUCAGCAGCAUUUUGAGAGUACUGGUGAUAGGAGCUGUGUACCUCAUCUACCAUGUACUUAUUGCAAAGACAAUUGACUGGCCUAAAUUUAAUCUGGCAGGUAAAGACCAGAAAACCCUCCAAAUAGGCCUUAUUCUCCUUUUCUUACAGGCCUUCUGUUCGGCAGCCUGCCACUGGUUUGGGGUGGUUGCCUGUAAGAUCCAUGCUGUGCGCAUGAGUUUUGCACUGCCACUGUGUGCUACGGGUCCUGCAGUGCUGUUGCUGGGACUGAUACUUUUGCUGACACAAGGACAGAACUUUGUUGACAUAAAGUACAAAAACAUCACUGAAUUUUGUACACAUUUGCAUCUGGCAACGGACAAAAACACAACUAAUGUUCCUUUGUUUGAAAUGACCCGUAGCAUCUGCAGUACUUCACUCAACAGCCACUACUUGCAAUGGCCUACUGCAAUGUUGUUCCUGGAGGGUGUUUGCAUGUGGGCUGGAUUGGUCUCCUGUACCUAUUAUGUGUGGAAGAUCCAGGUUCAGCGAAUUGAGAGAACAUCGCAGCUCUUUGUUCGUCGUCUCUAUGAAUCUGCCUUCAUCGACCUAUCUAUGCUGCUCAACACUAAGAUAAAGCUACCAAAGGCCCAAACAAAUGAGAACCAAGAUGAACUCCAAAGUGUUGUGAUCUAUCUCUGUGCCACAAUGUGGCACGAGACCUAUGAUGAAAUGCUGAAGAUUCUCACUUCAAUGUUCAGACUGGAUCGUUAUCGAGGGGAUCCCAAGGAGGACCACAAGGACAGCUUUGACUUUGAAUGCCACAUCUUUGUAGAUGAUGCAUUCAUGACAGAGAAGGAGACAGGAAAACGGCUGGUUAAUGAAUAUGUGAACGACUUGACUCAUGUAGUAACAGAAGUUUACAGGGUGUUCACCAAUAAAGAGCCGGACGAUGUAUCCAUCAUAGACACUCCUUAUGGCGGGAGGUUAAUGUUUGUCCUGCCUGAGGGUAACAUGCUCUAUGUUCACCUAAAGGACAAAUCUCUCAUUCGCAACAAAAAAAGAUGGUCCCAGAUAAUGUACAUGUACUACCUGCUUGGGUGGAAAGGUUAUAUUACCAAGAACCCCCAAAAAAUGCCGCGAAUGGAUGCCGCUAGAGAAAGUCUGAUCUCUAUGGACGGGGAGAUUUUCCUUUUGCCUCAGUACGACAAUGACAACAAGAGAAGAUUCAUUUCAGAUGACAACACAUACAUCCUGGCUCUGGACGGAGACACAGACUUCCAUCCUAAAGCAGUAGUACUGCUUGUGGACAGGUUGAGAAUGUAUUACAAUGUAGGUGCAGCAUGCGGCAGAAUCCAUCCAACUGGUAUGGGUCCCAUGGUUUGGUACCAGAAGUUUGAAUAUGCAGUGGGCCAUUGGCUACAGAAGACUGCAGAGCAUGUGUUCGGCUCUGUGUUGUGCAGUCCCGGAUGUUUCAGUCUGUUUAGAGGUUCUGCACUGAUGGAUGACCACAUCCUAAAGAAGUACACAACAACUUCAACAAGAGGAGCAGAAUAUGUGCAGUAUGACCAAGGGGAGGAUCGUUGGUUGUGUACCUUGCUGUUGCAACAAGGAUGGCGGGUGGAAUAUAACGCUGCAUCGGAUGCAUACACUAACUCACCACAGGAAUUCAAAGAGUUUUACAACCAAAGGAGACGAUGGGGACCUUCUACACUGGCUAACACCCUUGACCUUUUGCACAGUGGAAGUGAGACGGUGAAGAAAAAUCAGUCCAUCUCGAGGCUUUAUAUCUUCUAUCAGAUGUUUACAGUUGGGUCCUCAAUCCUGGGACCCGCCUCUGUGACACUGAUGGUAGCAGGAGCUUUUCAGUUCAUCUUCAAGAUUGACGGCGCCAUUUCCAUCAUCAUCUCAUGCAUUCCCCCUACCUUAUAUAUCAUCAUCUGCUUUACAACUAAAGCAAAUACUCAAAUAACAAUAGCUGCACUCAUGAGCGUUCUGUAUGCAUUCCUUAUGACUGCAUCCCUCUUCUCCAUCAUUGGUGAUAUGGUGGUGCAGAAGACAUUCUUGACCCCCACCGGUGUGUUUUUGAUCUCAAUGACUAUUAUGUAUCUGAUCACAGCCAUACUUCAUCCAGAAGAGUUUGGGUUGAUUAUCUAUGGGUUGAUGUAUUUCAUCUGCAUUCCCAGUGGAUACCUCCUGCUGACCAUCUAUGGACUGGUUAACAUGAACAAUGUGUCAUGGGGCACAAGAGAAUCCAAGGAAGAAGGAGAAGAAAAGAAACAUCACAGCGUUGUGUGCAACAAAGACUGUAGACUGUGCUGCUGGGACUGGAAGAUUCAGGUAACCCAAGACGCAGAAAAUGUAAUGCUUCAACAGAUCGCAGGUUUUACCGGACAGAAAGCGCCUCUUCUUCAAAUUACCAACAAUGAAACACAACCGCAGGCCCCCUCAAACCUCCAGUCUCAAACUAAACCUGAUAACAUCACAGAAAAAGAUGGAGAUGUUAUAAAUCCUCACACUGACAAAAACAGAAAGGCGUCGAUCAAAAACAAGGAUCUUUUAACCUCUCACCGUGAUGAUGAUGAUGAUGAUGAUGAUGAUAACCUUAGCCAAAAAUCGUAUUCGUCUGAUUCAUCUAAUUCAUCUCACUCAUCUGAUGAAGUCGAUGGUGAUUUAGAAGAAAUGGAAGACAUUCCUGUCCGCGACUGGGUGGAGCCUGUAAAAGAAGAGUUUAUGAAGAAGUUAACUUAUUUCAACAUGAAGAGAAAUCUUGAAGCACAACUACGAUGCACACUCAACAACAAAAGUCAUGAGGAUUUAUGUGAAGAACUGGUCCUAAUGUUAACAGACACGAUCAAUAUAAAGCUAAGCAAAGCAGGACCGGAAGAUAUUUUGGAUCAAGCUGAGCUUGAUGACUUACAGCAUGAACUCACUAAUCAGGCUCGACGCAUCUUGAAAAAUGAUAGAAUGACUAAAUUAGAAAAGAGAGUGAAAAGAGCUAUAGAGAAAACCCUCAGUGCCCCCCAGGUGCAAAGGCUGGAUGAGGGUGAGAAGGACUUCUGGGAUAAGCUGAUCGAACGAUAUUUGACACCUAUCAAUGAUACACCGGAGCACAAGGCAAGAGUCAGCAAAGAACUGAAGUCACUGCGAAACAAGGCUGUCUUCCUGUACUUCAUCAUUAAUGUGCUUUGGGUGGUAGCAACUUUCUUCCUGCAGCUGAUUGGAAACGACAUCAUCAGCAUCAAGAUUCCUAAACAUAUCCCGGGUCAAAAUACUACAGAAUACCUGAAGGUGGAGCCUCUCAGUUUAAUGUUCCUGUUUUCCUUUGCCAUUCUUCUUCUUGUCCAGUUUGUGGCCAUGUUGUAUCACAGGGUGUACACUCUGAUCCAUGUAGUAUCCUACCGUGGCACAGAGAAAGACUACAAAAAGAAAGACGAGGAGGAAGAGGAAGAGGAGGACGCCACUAUUGAGAACCAAUACGCAAAUUCUCUUUACAGCGAGGACUUCCAGCUGUAGCAUAGGAACUGAAUCCUUCUCAUCGCCCAUUCCUUCCACGGCUGUUUCAUAUCUUAUAUUGUUCACAACUCAUUAAAACUAUAUAUUUUUUUCAUACAGCGAGGUUAGAAUUUCUGGUUUUUGUUUAUUUUUGUUAAAAAAAAAAAAAGCUAUAACCUAAAUUUGUCCUCACAAGAAAUAAUAAACUUUACGUUUGCUCUGCAGCUGUUUCCCCUCCAACAGAACUGCUUGUAAUCAAUGUGGGGAGGAACAAAUGGCACAGGGGAAAUCAGCUUUUACAAAUUCAAUAAGUUUUGUUUGGCAAUGCAAAAGGGGAAUGAGAGCAUAUCUUAGCCAAAUCACUGGAGAGAGUGGUUUUAAUAACUGUUUUAGCUAAAUGUAUUUGCUUUUAAGGUUUGUAUUUAUUUUGUUUGUAUGGAUAAAAGCAUCCUUUAGGGUCUAAUUGUAGAGGCUGCCAUAAGUGUGAGCAUGUCACUCUGAAAUCAUUUAGAGGAAUUGAAAACAAAGAUACACAGACAAGGUCUACAGAAAUGCUCUGCUGUUUUGUCGUAGUUAUUGUCUGACAUUUUAAGCGUCUUUCUGUUGAAUAAUUGACAGAUGUGAGGAUUGUAUAAUGAAAAUCACACUGCAGUACAUUUUUUCUCGUACAUCAAAAAUAUGACCGUGAACCGUGAACAAAUUCUAAAGCAAAAACAAAGAUUUGUUUUUCCAGGAAUCACUUAACAUUUAACACGUGUUAGCUAGAAAUACUGAACAAUUGAAUACCAACAAGUGUAAUUUGGACAGUGUUGCAUUGCCUGCACUUUAUAAAACACUGUAAUUAUGUAUUAAUCAUCACAACGCACUUUGGAAACAAGAGGACUUUUCUAAAAAUCAUAAAUACAACAUGAACAAGCAAAAUGUAUUUGUAAAAUGAAAUGUAAGCUGUAAAAUAAAUUCUGUUUCUGCAUAAAA